AUGUAUUGGACUAUGAGAUGGUGCAGUUUGGUUCUGCUCUCGACUCUCAUCAUCCCGUGGGCAACGGAGGGGAAAGUCGUAAACUCCUUUCAUGAAUGCAGGCAGUUCUUCUGUAACGGCGAGGAACCCUUUCUAUUUAAGAUCAUUAAGCCCCAAAGAAUCUGCCAGUAUUAUCGUUCCCAGUUCCACUUCGCCACAGCGUACAGCACAGGCCUGCGCAUUCCGCUAUAUUCGGCUUACAAGGUUGAAACGAUAAGCUAUGAGAACGACAAAAGGCCGAAACUUUUUUUCAUUGAACCGCAGUUGGAUCAACCUGAUGGUUCAGAUGAGAUGAGCAUGGAGCAAGGAGUUGAGAACAACCAAGCCCUCAACAGUGAUUACAGAAAUAAGUCAUAUGAACGGGGUCACUUGUUUCCAUUCUCAUUUAACCGUGGCAGUGGUAAGGCCUCAUGCACCCUCACCAAUGUCGUGCCUAAGACACGACAGUGGAACACCAAAUGGUUUCAUUUUGCUGAGAAAAUAAUAAAAAAUAUGAUGUGUCCACCGCUUACAACAUUGUUUGUGAUCACUGGAGCCAUCCCAUCAGACAAAUUCCUCAACGAGCGGGUUAACAUACCCAAGGGAGUUUACAGCUAUUUCAGCUGCUGCUCAAAUGAUUCUGAUCACAGAAAUAAGUCUAGAAAGAAAUCACUCAAAUCUGGUGGCUACAUUCUACAAGAGACAGGAAUGACCCUGAUUACUCUGAAUGAAUUGGUAAAACUGAUUGAUGAGUCCAUUGAAGUCAACCCGAAAUGGUCUGAACCUGCAGUUUCCCAAAGUGAAUCAAUUCUUUUGGAAGAGCUUGAAGAGUUUCUAAAGCCAAAAUGGUAUGAAAGACCAUACAGCCUGGAGCUCAGUAACAUCUCAAUGACCUUGUUUCAUGCUGUGAGCUUUAUUAUACUGGGUGUCUAUGAUUGUGUGGCUUUGGUUAUUUAUGGGGUGUUUGGAGUCAUGUGUGGUCUGGGGAAUGUUGUUUUGAGAAUCAUAGGUGUGGUUGUGGCUUUUGUCAAUCUAUUGCUGGCUGUUGCCGUUGGGGUUCUAUUGGCAAUCCUUGGAUUGAUUGGUAACAUUUGCUCACAAAUCGUAUUCCUGGUGAUCAAGGGGUUCCUGUUCAUUGCCAGUAGUCUUCUGAUCCUCAUCACCAGUGUAGUUGAGUUCCUUCUGAUGUCCAUCGCCAGUAUCCCCACUCACAUCAUUAAUGCACUCAGUCACCUGUUCAUAUUGCUUUCCGGGGUUUAG